CAAGCUCAACGUAAAGACAUCUCAAGUAAUCCGAAAAAACCACAAUACCUUUAAAAAUGUUCAAAUACGCCGUUGUAAUCUUUGCUGCCAUCGCCUGCGUUGCCGCUAAACCUCACAUCCUUGCCGCUGCUCCUUUAGCCAUCGCCGCGCCGGCGCCUAUCAUCACCGCCACCAGCAGUCAAGUUGUCGCACGUAACCACAAUGGCAUCGCUUUUGCUCCAGUAGUGGCUCCGGCCCCCGUCGCCCCAGUAGCUGCUGCUCCAUUGGCCGCACCAAUUGCCCCUCUUGCCGCUCCAGCACCUUUGAUCGCACGCUACGCUACCGCCCCCGCACCACUUCUGGCCCGCUACGCUGCUGCUCCCUUCGCUUACCCCGGCCAUUUGGCUUCGUACGCUUCCCCUGCUGCCUUCUCGUAUGGCCCCGCGUACGCACCAACUCUGCGUUAUGCCGCUGCCGCUCCUGCUCCAGUUGUGUGGUAAAAAAGAACAACCAACGAAAUUCUAAUGAUAGACUGUGAUAGUUUUUAAGCGAUUAAAAAAUACUACUGAAAUAUAAACGACUAACUGA